GGGCUCGGCCGGUGCGGGCUGCCGGGGCGACCCCAAGAUGGCGGCAGCGACAGCGGCGGGCGAGGGGUCUCGGGCGUGAGCGCGCCUUCCCCUCUGCCCAGGACAUGGCUGCGCGCUGGGCCCGCCGGCGGCUGGACGCGGCGGCGGGGCAAGCGCAGUAGCAAGGAGAGGAUGUGCGAGAGCUACGCGCGGUGGCUGCUGCGUGUGUCGGUGGCGCAGGUGUGCCAGGCGCUGGGCUGGGACUCCGUGCAGCUCUCCGCCUGCGACCUCCUCACCGACGUGCUCCAGCGCUACCUGCACACCCUGGGCCGCGGCUGCCGGCGCUACGGCGAGCUCUAUGGGCGGACAGACCCCAUUUUGGAGGACGUAGGUGAAGCCUUCAGGCUUAUGGGGGUCAACCUGCAUGAACUGGAAGAUUACAUACUCAAUAUUGAGCCAGUCACUUUUGCACAUCAAAUACCCUCAUUCCCUGUCAGCAAGAAUAAUGUUCUGCAAUUCCCCCAGCCUGGAAGCAAAGAUGCAGAAGAGAGGAAAGAGUAUAUUCCAGAUUACAUGCCACCCAUUGUCUCUUCUCAAGAAGAAGAGGAAGAGGAGCAGGUACCAACUGAUGGAGGAACAUCGGCAGAAGCUAUGCAAGUUCCUUUGGAGGAAGAAGGAGAAAUGGAAGAAGAUGAGGCUGUUAAUGAUGAAAAUUACCUGAGUAAGAGGCCGCUAGAAAGCCCCGAAGCUGAGGAAAUGCCUGCUAUGAAGCGACCAAAACUAUCUGGUGUGAAAGGAGAUGCUGUGGAUGUGAUGGUGGAGCCACGUGAGCCUCUCAGUUCCAUAAAUACCCAGAAAGUGCCACCGAUGCUCUCUCCAGUUUGUGUUCAGGAUAAUGCUGAUCUGGUUCCUCCCUCUCCAGAACCACCCAUACUGGCUCCCAUAGCAAAAUCACAGUUGCCAGUUCCUAAACCUUUGGAAUCAAAAGUAUUUGCACCUAAAUCCAAGGUGAAAACAAGUUCUCCAGGGCAGAAAACUAAACUGCCAAAAGUUUCUCCAUCUCCAGUGGCUGUUGGUAGUCCCAUUCGCUCACCAAAAACUGGAACCAAAGAGAAGAAAUCGCCUGGCCGAGGCAAGAGCCCCAGAAGCCCGAAGAGUCCAAAAGUUCCAGCUCAUGUUCCUCAAGUAGCAGUGAAGCAAGAGACACCAAGCAGAACCCCCUUAGCAGCAUUAAGUGAAAAGAUGGGGAAAGAGAAUAUCCAGGUAAAACCAGGGCCACCCCCAGCUGACCCUGCGAAACCAAACAUUGAGAAUCCAGCAAAGAAAGUAGCUGUAACUGACAAGACAAUUGAUGAUUCCAUUGAUGCCGUAAUUGCCCGUGCAUGUGCCGAACGAGAUCCUGAUCCGUUUGAGUUUUCCUCGGGUUCAGAAUCGGAGGGGGAUGUUUUUACUAGCCCUAAAAGACUCUCUGUAUCAGAGACGACAACACCUAAAGCUUCUGUUUCAGCCAAUAGCAGCUUAAAUAAAGCCGGAGGUACCCCAGUGCCUCCCUCUGGUGGAACGUCAAGUUCAGACAUUUCAUGGACAAUGGACGACUCGAUUGACGAAGUCAUUCGGAAAGCAAAUAUGGUUACUCCUGCAAAUCUACCUGCAAACUUCCCUUAUUUUUCAUCUCCUUCUGCUUCUCCACCAACUCCAGAGCCUCUGCUCAAAGUUUAUGAAGAGAAAACUAAGCUGGCCGCCUCAGCAGAAGUGAAGAAGAAACUGAAGAAAGAGCUGAAAACAAAAAUGAAAAAGAAAGAGAAGCAAAAGGACAAAGAGAAGAAUAAAGAGAAGAACAAGGAGAAGAACAAGGACAAGGAUAAAGACAAGGAUGGAGGCAAAGAAGCAAAAUUCCAGUGGAAAGAUCUAAUCAGAGAUGAUGAUUUAGAUCCCUACAAGUUCAAAAUGAAAGAUUUUGAUGACGACACAAAAGUGAAGCUAAAAGAUGGCAGUACCAAAAAGGAGCGUGAGAAGCAUAAAGAUAAGAAGAAAGAUAAAGAGAAAGGCAAGAAGGAUAAAGAGAAGAAAGACAAAGAAAAAAUUAAAGAUAAAAAUAAAGAAAAGAUGAAAGCCUCAUCAGCACCUCUUGUUAUGCCUCUCAAAGACCUCAGCUUGCCCUUGUUCAGCACCCCAGCUGCCCUGAAACUCCCAUCAAUGCUGCCACCCCUCUCAGCAAUGCUGCCCGAGAAGCUCUUUGAGGAGAAAGAGAAGCCCAAGGAGAAGAAGAAGGAGAAGAAGGAGAAGAAGAAGAAGAAAGAGAGGGAGAAGGAGAAGGAGAAAGAGAAGAAGGAGAAGGAGAAAGAGAAGAAGGAGAGGGAGAAGAAGGAGAAAGAGAAAGAGAAACACAAACAUGAAAAGAUCAAAGUUGAACCCGUUGUUCCUGCGCCAUCUCCUGUGAUUCCCAGGCUGACACUGAGAGUGGGGGCUGGUCAGGAUAAGAUCGUCAUCAGCAAAGUGGUGUCAGCCCCAGAGGCGAAACCACCCACCCUCCUGGCUCGGCCCAAAACACCGCCCCCUCCACCAUCGCCAGCACCAGCUCCGCUCCACAUCACUCCACCUCUUCCUCCAGUCGUUCCUUCACUGCCUUCAGCCACCAUUUCCCCAGCCCUCAUUCCACCACCAUCUCCUGCCAUGUCUGUCACAGGAGGCUCCAAAGCCCCCGUUAGGAGUGUGGUGACGGAGACCGUCAGUAAUUAUGUGAUCCGAGAUGAAUGGGGGAACAAAAUCUGGAUCUGCCCAGGCUGCGAGAAGCCAGACGACGGCAGCCCGAUGAUUGGCUGCGACGAUUGUGAUGACUGGUAUCACUGGCCUUGCGUCGGAAUCACGGCCGCUCCCCCGGAAGAAAUGCAGUGGUUCUGCUCCAGGUGUGCCAGCAAAAAGAAGGAUAAAAAACACAAGAAGUGGAAACAUAAAGCACACUGAAGGCACGGCGGAGAUUUGUCAGACUGUCGCUUCAGCACUUCUGCCUUGACUUCUUUUGUGGAAGGAUUCAGCCGAGCUUCUUCUGUCUUGUCCUCCUCCAUCGAGUUUCGAGGAUUAGGAUUCUUGGGAGAAUCAGGAACAAACACACGCUGUCUGCUCUGGGAGCUGGCUUUCCCCCCCGCUUUCUGUUCAUCAGACAGUGUUGGCCUUGAUCAGGAAUUGUCUGCCACAGACUUAGCAGCCAGAGAGCAGCAAACAGAGAGGUCUAGAGCUGAAGAAGGUGACUGCCGUAUUUUUGACAAUAGCAGUGACACUUGUAAAUAUCGCUGUGCUUUUUCCUUUUCUGAGCUCUCCCGUGAGAAAUGGGAGAGAUUCCCGAGGCAAGCAGCUGUCCUUGGGGAGGCAGACUCCUAUCCCACAUAGACAGAUAAUCAGAAAUGUCAAGGGGGCAAGUCAAUAUUUUUCUGAUAAGAAGAUAUGGAGCUUUUCUCACCCCGCUUUCUCUCUGCCCCCCCCACCUUGAUUUUUAAGACCUAACAUAAAUAAACAUGCUUGAGCUUUUUGUGAAAUAAUUUCUAUUUUUUAAAAAAAAGGAAAGUUUCUAUUGUGGCUAUUUCCCCCCAUAUGUAUUAUUUUUUUGUUCCUUGUGCCUGUAAUAUACGAUAGAAUCUUCUGUCCACCCACCCACCUCCCUCCAUUUGAAUUGAGUCUAUCAUCUUCUCUCUUUGUUGCUUGUACAUUUCACUGGUGUGCCCAAGCACUUCACAUAAAUAGAUUUUCACUCAACUUGAACAGUUCAUAUCUAUGAGGUACUAUUGGUUAUUUUCAAAGAUUGGGCCAAAAUGACUUUUUUAAUGUAACGUGCAUUCUGACUAGCAUUUCCAGGAGUCAUGUAAGAUUAUAUAGAUUUCUGCAAAAAUUAGAAGAUGUCUACCCUUACCCUCCUGUGCUUGGCACUGCUUUUCGAGGUGAGGCGAGUUCUUUCUGAGUCAUUCCUGUAUCUAAUGAUCCUUGCAGAUGUGAGAAUAUGACAGUAAGGACUGAUUCGUGUUUUACGGUUUGAAUUCUGGUACAGAAAGAAUCUGAGAUUUAAGUGAGAGAGCACAGCUGUGAUGGGGUUGAUUGUGAAUGGCGUGCACACACACACACACACACAUUUGAAAGACCAGAUUUCUCCUCAAUAUGUGUGGAAGUGGUCGAGAAAGGAUUGAGCCCUCACUUCCAUAUUUGCCGCAAGGAAAACUGGAGCUAAUUUGGUUGUUACUGUCCCAAGCUUCAGAUUGAAAGGGAGAUGCACCAAGAGACCACUGCUCCUGGCCUCCUCCCAACAUGGCCCUUUAUUGUGCUCAUCCAGAGUGGCUCUCUUGUGAGGUGGCAACCUCAGCCAGUGCGUGUGCCACAGGACAGCGAGUGCAGAUACCCUACUCUGGGUGCCUGCUGCUGGCACCUUGCCCCAUCUCACUACUGGCCCGUCUCUCCCCCCACCACCAGUCGAGACAGACUCCGCCCCUCUCCCCCCUCAGUGCUGAGCUGUGGCUGCGUUGGGACAUGUCACCACAUGUUCCACAGGCAGCAUGGAAGAUGCCUACAGCAGUGCUGGUUGGCCCAUCCUCCUCACCGCUCUGCUGCUAACCCAGCACCAGCUCACGCUCCCUCCCUCCGCCUCCCACUGUCUCUCGCCUCCAGCACCAAACGCUUCUGCUUUGUCUCCAGAUAGGUGUGUUGCUGGCCGGGAGAAACGGAGGGCGCGAGGGAAGGGGAGCUGGCUCUGGCUUGGCAGCAUAGAGGAUAGGCCAGCUAGCGCUGCUGGGGGCAAGCUCCAUGCCGUUCCAUGUCAGCGUGCAAAACAGUGACACACCCCAGAAGCUGAGGGAAGAGCACCGGAGUCUGGGACUUGGAGAUGUGGGGGUGCAUCUGGAGUGAGGAGUGGGGGGGUGUCCACUCUGGCUCCCACACAGGCUGGGAUCAGUAAGGGCAAGCUGGGCGGCUCGUUGCCGUUCGUCUCAAGCGGCAGAAAGGCAGGAAGCCAGUGCUCGUCUGAAUUGCUACGGUCCGCGGGAUCCAAAUACUCGCUGGAACUAAUUCAUGGGUUGCGUGUAGAGCAGCGAUUUGCACUCACUAUCAGGGGCUGGGGAAGUAUGAUCCAAACUGGUCAUUUAAACACACGUGUGCCAUUUACAAACACCCGUGUGCCGCCACGCAUGAGCUUUGCUGCUUACACUCAGGCAGCUUUCAUACCAGAAGUGCAGAAGAUCUGUGGGUGAUGAGACUCCACCCAUCUAUGGUUGACAGGAUGGGAGUCUUGGGCGGAGGUGGGGACUUAGAGUUAUGAAGAGAAUCUAGGACAGGCCUGCUCAACUUGGGCCCUCCUGCAGAUGUUAGCCUACAAUUCCCAUAAUCCCUGGCUUUUGGCCGCUGUGGCUGGGGAUUAUGGGAGUUGUAGUCCAAAAACAGCUGGGGGGCCCAAAGUUGAGCAGGCCUGAUCUAGGGUAAAGAAGAAACUAAUAUGACUGGGGGCUUGUGGGUGUCCUCCUCCCCCUUUAUAGACCUCAGAGGGAGCAUCUAGCCACUCAUCCGGCAGGCUAAUCUCCAGGCCUCGCUGAUCCAGGAUAGACGGGGGCAACCUCUCCAUCACAGGCCUUGCCUGAGCUGGAUGGAGUCUGCUGCUGCUUUAUUGAGCCUCUCUUUCUCCGCCAGCUUUAAAGCCACCCAUUAGUACAGCUGCCUUAAUCUUCCUGCAUCCAUACAGUGCUGGGGAGCUGUCCUAGCAACUCACUGGCUUCUCUCCAACCUGGAAGGCAGGCAUCCCAUGUGGUCUUGGAACUGCUGUCAAGUCCACCUCCAGUGCCAUGGAAUCAGGAGGCCUGACCCACAGAUUUGGCCCACCGAUCUUCUUUCUGAGUUCCCUGUGUUAUACAUUUUCAGAUACGCAAAUUACAGUAAUGAAUCUCUCCCUCUAAAACAUUGAUCCAAACGGUUUCAAAUGAAGUCAGCUAGUAUUCUGUAUAUAAAACCCAAAAGCUAGAAAGUACAUUAGCUCUACAAAAGUGGUGAAAUCUACCAAAUUUAAUAGUAUCCAAAGAAUUUUAAGAUGGAAUCACCCUCUCAUGUCCAAAUUGCUGUGUUGUCAGAUUGACUAUGUUAAUGUUUAAGUCUGCAUAGGAACCACACUUUCCUGCAUUUGAAUGGGUGUUUUUAUUUUUUAUUUUGGUGACUCUUACAUAAUAUUGCAUUUUAAAGACAAAUAUGAUAUGUUCAUGAGAUGUAAGUUAUUCAUGCAUCUAGUUCAUGAACAGAAAGAACUUAGGUUGCCAUAAGACCUGUAAACAUUACUGGAUAUUUUACUGCAUUUCUUGAAGAGGUAAAUAAACUAUUAUGUAAAUGUGA